AUGGACACCGCCUCCACACCGCCCCUGCGAGGCCCGGGAGGAGCAGCCUGUCCCCGGCCUCAUCCCCGGGCUGACCCCACCUCUCCAGCCGCUGCUCACUCACCCUGGGCCGGUGUCGCGUCCUUGCAGUCCGCCCGGAUGCAGCUCCCUUCCCCCGCCACAGUGACCUCCUCCUGCGGGGUACUGUCACCUCAGCGGCCGGACUCAGGAGCUUGGGUCCCGAUACAGAGCACCGUGUCCUCCGCAACACAGUUAGCUCCGCGGUGUUUGGAGAGUGUUUCUGCGGCCAAAGGAACACGCUCCUCCACCAGCUCUGGUACACACCUCCGCACGGGCCUCUCCGACAGCUACGGCCAGGAAUAA